GGCAGCAUCCCAGGGACUGCCCCCACUGAAACAAGUGCGCGUGAAGCCAACCACUACACGUGAACGGCACGAGCGGGACGCACCGCCCUGAGACUCUGUGACUCUUCAGACUUUGUGUGGUUUUUCUCCUGGGGAUGGACCUCACAGCCAAGAUGGAAAUUAACGUCAGCCAGCAGCAGCUCCUUCCUCCCGCGUGCUUCUUCGCCGCGGCUGCGCAGAGCAUCCAGCUGAGCCCGAGCGGCAGCAGCCAGAGCAGCGGCAAGUCCGGGUCCAAGCAGCCCAAGAGGCAGCGCUCCUCUUCCCCGGAACUGCUGCGCUGCAAGAGGAGGCUCAACUUCGCAGGGUUCGGCUACAGUCUCCCGCCGCAGCAGCCGCACGCGGUGGCCCGGAGGAACGAGAGGGAGCGGAACCGGGUCAAACUGGUCAACAACGGCUUCGCCACCCUGCGGGAGCACGUGCCAAACGGUGCAGCCAACAAGAAGAUGAGCAAAGUGGAGACGCUGCGCUCUGCGGUGGAGUACAUCCGCGCCCUGCAGCAGCUGCUGGACGAACACGACGCGGUCAGUGCGGCGUUCCAGUCCGGAGUCCUGUCCCCCACCAUGUCUCAGGGGUACUCUGCAGACAUGAACUCCAUGGCGGGGUCACCCGUGUCCUCAUACUCAUCGGAUGAGGGCUCCUACGACCCCCUGAGUCCAGAGGAGCAGGAGCUGCUGGACUUCACCAACUGGUUCUGAGCAUCUGUAUGAGGAUUAUGGAUCAACUCAUUUAACUGCUGUAGUGCGCGUGGGAUGGUCCAGGAGGAGGCUGGCAGUCCUCAACCAACAAGACGCACUGUGCACGCGUCUUGGCCCUGCGUCCUGGACCCCCGGUCCUCCCAGACCCAGCAGACAGACUCGGCCUUAAAGUCCUGAACACUCUGGGGAAAGUCAGGCCAGAGGAUUAAAGGAAGACGGGUCUCCUGACAGCGUGGGAAUCCAGACUUCUGUGCAUUUGUCCAUGUUUUAAAAAAACAAACCCCUAAAGUGAAGUCCCGCUCUUCUGCAGCACACUAAACUCAUUAUUUAACACGUCGCUCUUCAACUAUGCUAAACCCAAUCACAGAACAGAUACCCUUUGGUAAACCUCUCAGAAAAUGCUUCCAAGUCUCGGAUUUAUUCUAUGAAAUUCUAUAUCGAACGCUUUUUUGAAAUAUAUUAAGAUAUUUUUGUAUGUAAGAGAUUUAUAGAUGUUUUGUACACAUCCUUUUUGUAUAUAUUUUGUCUAUAUAUUGCGAAGUUGCUUGUAUACCUCCUGCCUAUGUAGACGUGUAGUCUAUUGUUCUCUGGCUCUUGUGUUCCUGAGGUCUCCACAAGGAGUUUGACACUCCGCCCUUUUUAUUCUAUAGCACCGAUGUGUCUUAUUUAAUAGCAAAACCAUGUUAUUGCAUUCAAAUGUCAUGAAGUUCACAAUGAUCAAAACUUAUGCAGCUACUGUCCAAACAGAGCGCAAUGUCCAUGCAUUGUCUCUACACUGCCAGCUCGAUGUUGUCUUCACAUUAAAGACGUCUUAUAACCGUAUUUUCUACACAAGUCCAAAAAAUAAAUGAUUUGCUACUGAA